AUGGGCUUUGGCUAUGACAAUUCAAGUGACACUUACAAAGUGGUUGCAGUGGUUGGCGAUGGGGAAUAUUCACCGGAAACAGCAGAAGUGAGAGUUCACUGCAUGGGUGAUAAUUGUUGGAGAAAGGUUGUAAGUUGGAAUGGAUUUCCCAAACUAAUGACAGUUCAAGGAUGCCAUGGAGGACACUAUGUGAGUGGCCAUCUUAACUGGGUAGCUGCUGUUAAGUCCAGAGCUGAUACUCGCUAUCUGUCUUUUGUAAUUUGUUCCUUUGAUUUAAGGAAUGAGACAUGCAGAUAUUUGUUGCCUCUUGAAUGCCUUUAUACAACCUUGGUGAUGCUGGAUCUUUACCCAGAUCUUGGGGUUUUGAGGGGCUGCCUAUGUCUUUCUCAUUAUUAUGGCUACGGAAAACAUUUUUCUUUUUGGCAAAUGAAGGAGUUUGGAGUUGUAGAGUCUUGGAUUUCGUUGCUGAACAUUAGUUGUCUUCAACUUCAUCUUAGGGAUCCAUCUCUUCGGAUGUCUCCAUUGAUCAUGACUGAAAAUGGUGAUGUCAUUUUUACGGUGAUGGACAGAUUGCAUGGUCUUUUAGUUAUUACCUAUCACUAUAGAGAUAGCAGCACGGAGUAUGUUAAAAUUCUCAACCAAGAACUUUGGUUGAAUUCCACUGAUUAUGUUCAAAGUUUAAUUUUCCUUAUCGUAAUUGGCUUACUCCUCUGUAAUGCUUGGCUUAUCUGGAUUUACGUUAAAUCAAGUAUUAUGUAA